GUAAUGCCCCGGCGCUCCCGACACCGAACGACGUCCCGUCGGCGUACCAGCAAUUCUUCGAGCACACGACGGCUAUGUUGCAACCAGCGAUAUACGCGAACUUGAACAGAGGAACUCUACCACCGCCGCCACCGGGAUUACUCGGAUGGCCUUCUGGACCAGCGUUACCUACCACGUUGCCUCAGCCUUUAGAGGAAGUCAACGUCCUGCAGCAACCCGACUCGACGAGCCCGACGAUCUCGGACCUAUCGUUCCCUGCGAAACAGGAGACGAACCAAGAAUGCAAAGAAGAGGAAUCGCAGGAUUUCGAGGACGAACAGCAACCAAAUGAGACGCAGCCUCACGAGACGGAGCACAAGAAACGUAAAAGACGCGUACUCUUCUCAAAGGCACAGACGUUCGAACUCGAGAGACGGUUUCGUCAACAGAGAUACCUUAGCGCACCUGAGAGAGAACACCUAGCUUCCAUUAUACGCCUGACGCCGACCCAAGUAAAAAUUUGGUUCCAAAACCACAGGUACAAAACGAAAAGGGCGGCGUCAGAGCGGGUGGAAGCUAGCGGAAGUGGAUGUUCGCCAAGAAGAGUCGCGGUACCGUUAUUAAUCAAAGACGGAAAACCGUGCCAAUCGAAAUUGAUGGAACCAGCCGCGUAUCCGGCCACUAGUCAAGUGCCCAUGCCGCCGUACAUGCAGAAACCGUACUGGUGGUAAGGGACGAAUUAUUGAAUCAUCGGUCAUAGUGAUUUCCAAGUGGGGUUGUGAAACUUUUUGUGAACGAUAAAUACAAGUCGUGAAUACUUGCCAGUAAGAGAUUCGUUUAAAGGUGAAGAGAGAAGACUACGAUCAUUGCAACUGGGAAUUGAAGAGAAAGCCAAUGGAAAAUACAGAAUGGAGUUUGAGAGUUCUUGUUGAGAAAGCCAAUGGAAAAUACAGAAUGGAGUUUUCAUCGUUUGUGAACGCGACGAUGAUAAGUGGAACUUAUUUCGUUACCAGUGAACAACUCUGGAAAUCCAAAGUGCAAAAUUCUUCCUAUUUACAAUAAGGAUCGUACGUAGAUAUCCUUCUUGUUGUUAUUAGAAUUAAAACCAAGUAUUGCCAAUCGAAACUGUCGAUAAAUAAUUGAAAGUGAGAAUUGAACUUUUGUGCAAAGUGUCGCUCGAGUGAAAUCGAUCGGACAGUGUUACGUUUCCUCGAUUGCGACGAGGAGAAACCAAAGAUAUGUAGUUUACAGUUGACGAACGGGGAGUGUAAAUAAGAAUUAUAAAUGGAAAUGUCCCGAUUUGUGUUCACGACAAAAUGUCUGCUCACGUAUUUUUUCUAUAAUUCUACGUUAUUCGAAAUUUAUAGAAGAAUAGUGAGUAGAAAUGUUGACGCGAAGAGAAAUUGGUACAUGUAGCUUAUACAGUUUUCGAGAUUCAUAGAAUCGUAUCGAACGAAAUUAGGAAUUUGGCAAGAAAAAAAUGAUAGUAAAAUAAAAUUAGAUAAGUGGACGAAAUACGUAAGAAUCGUUACGUAGAUAUCGAGCCUGUUCGUUUUAUUUUCACGUUAUAAAAAAAAAAAACUAUAAGCUCGUAUCUGUAACGUGUGUGUCUCUUAAAUUCGUACUUAAGGAACGUUCGCGAUUCUCGUUGCUCGCAGGACGUUUCGACGUAAGAUCCACUGCAAAAUCGCACCGAGAUCGCUUAUGUAACUCGAACACACCACUUCCUAUCAAUCUAAUCGCGAUAACGAGAUAAUGUAAGAUAGAGAACAAUUUUUUCCCUUCAAGUAUCAUUCUUUGCACGAAAGAACGAACUUGGCAUCUUUACGAAAACGUUAGAAUCGAUAAAUCAUUCGAUGAUUUAUUAUUAAAUAGACAGCCAUGUUUCAGUGCAGACGAUUGUUUUAUAAAACAGAGAAAACUAACAUAGACUAUAAACUCUUAUGCAAAACAAAACAUUUAUCACAGCCAAAAAUAGACAUAAGCAUUGGAAGGUGCAUUCAUUUCUAUACAUUUUCGUAACGUCCCCAUUUUCAAUUCUUUUAUACAUAAAAAUCCACGAUCUAAACUUAAACUGUAUAGAGAAAAGAUCCCAGAUUAUACCAUCUAAUUACGUCGAUUGUAUAUAUGUACAUUGUGUAUAAUACAUAC